CAUGCAUUAUUAUUACAUCUUUGCCUCAUUGGCUAUGUAUAAUCUUCUGAUGCACUAAUUCUCAUUUAUCAAUUUUUUAGAACUCUUUCAUUGCAUCUGUUAAAAUGACAGAAAAUAUGAACAGUGCUGUUGAUCAGCUGUCUUCUAUGCCAAUGAACAUGGAGGUUUCCCAACACUUAUCACAAAACACUUCAGUCUCUUCAGUGUCAUUACUUUCCCAUGUUCCUUCAUCAUUGAAUUCUCAGCUACACAACUUGAACAACCUUGUUAGCAACUGUUCUGAGAUAUCCUUCAAUAACAUGGCUGUGACAUCAGGAGUUGCUGUACCAACUCUAGCUUCACAUUCCAAUCUCAUAUCUUAUCCUCCACCUCUAUCCUGCCAUCCAAACCUUCCCAACACUCCUCUUGCAUAUCAAGCAUUCAUACCACAUCCUGGAUUUGUUGGGCACCCAAAUCUGAACCCAUACACAGCCAUCACAAGCCAGGCUACAAGCAUGGCUCCCUCACAGCAGUCUCGCCUUGCUGGAUUAUCAUUGCUAUCACAGCCACAGCCUCAUGCUGCUCUGUUGCAUCUUACUACUACAUCACCUUCUGUUGUGGGUCAUGAUGUAUCCACUAACACUGCUCUUUCUCAUGCUCCAAAUGUUGCUCAUAUUCAGAACCUUUCUAAUCAACCGCAACAACUACAACCUCCACAACAGCAGGUUCCUCAAAAUCUGCACCAUAUACCUUCCUACAUGCAAGCUGUGCAGCAGCAGCAGCAACAGCCAGAACUGAACUGCAAUAACAAUCCACUUCUGUCAAAGACUACUUUGUCACCUGGCUAUCCACAACCACAGCCUCUGCAACAACCAGCACAGCUGCACCAGCAACUUCCACAGCCUCAACAGCAGCAGCAUACAAUCUCUAAUAACUUAUCUACAAUGAAUAAAAAUACCAUGGCCCCCUGUACAGCUACAUUAGUUCCUAAUGCAGCUGCUACACCCAUAAACAGCCGCUCGAAUGCUUCAGUGAAGAAGAAACGCAGCACAACCCGAGCUCCUAAAGGCAGCACCAGCAAUGAAUGUUUCAUCUGCAGUAACCACAUUGACCCGUCAUCCAUGGACUCCACCAUCAAACUGAGCAUUAACAUGCCUUACUCCCGAGCACCUCUUCUUGUGCUGCUUUCAGAUGUUCUGGGUUACAAUCUUGCACCAAUGAGCAGCCUUCACUCAAAGGUGGUUUGCCGUGGCUGUUAUCGCCUCCUGGAGGUUGUUGAUGAAACGCAGCUCACGCAGACGAAGAACAAGGCCGACAUUCGGCGUCGUUUUCAGCUCACCAUGAACACAAAAGGGCUCGUCUACAGCAGGAUUGAGAGAGAUAGGCUGGGGAAGCUGCUGUGUCGUCGUUGCGGGAGCGCUGCUGCCGCGGCUGCUGCUCGGUUCCUAGCGAGCUCCAGCAUCCCCCCUCGACGGAAUAGAAACACAAAUCGAGGGAAGAAAAAAUUAGCUAAUAAGAAUGGCAGCGAAGGCCUGAACGCACCAAAAACUGAAGAAAUCGAGACGCCAGAAGCAGGAAAAACUGACGUCAGCGAGCGUCGUUCGUCCGAGUCUGAAAACAGCGAGGCUGAAUCUGAGACCGUGACUAUGCUGGAGGUGGAACCUGACAUUCAUGUGGAGGACCUGAAGAGUUACAAGUGCGCAGAAAGCAAGCAGAACUUACUUGACGAUGGCCCCUCGCCCUCGGUCAACACUCCUGUCUCGUGCCCUGACAAACCCAUGCCUGAUGUUGGAGGCUUUGGUAGUUCCGUAGACUCUGACGGAUGUGAUGCUAGGAACGGCCUGCUCAGCUACUCUUCUGAUGAAGCUUCACUUCUGGAAGACUCGUGCGGCGGCAAACAGGAAGAUGAAAACAAGGAUGCUUGUGGUAACAACAACGAGUCGAACCCCAACAAUGAAAACGACACUUCAAACGCUGCUAAUGAUAGUCCGAAUGAUGCCAUAGUUCGUAUUUAUGAUAAUGACCCUGCAAUUUUUGCAGGUGAGGAACGCUUGAAGGUUGGUGUGAUGAGACGCGAGAGUAUCUCGGUCGAUACCAAAUAUCAGUGCAAUUAUUGUGCAUUUGCUUGCUCCUCGGCUGUUGGACUAAAGAUGCACGUGAGGGUGGGCCACAAGCCAGUCCUCGUUUAUGAUACUCUUAAGCAUUUACAGAACCGAAACCCAAUGCCGUAUGGGAUGCAAUACGCGUCAAUGGCAGCUCACAGCUUAGAGAACGUGGGCUCCAAGCUGCGCAUGGGAGUCAGGCUACAAAACGUGGCUUCAGAUCUCGCUUCUUUAAAUGAAAAACCGUUCGUUUGUCUUUUCUGCGAUUGUUCAUAUAAACUUCAGAGCUCUUUGUUGUCGCACUUCAGAGAUCAACACAGUCCUUAUAAGCCGUUCCAGUGCAGCCUGUGUUCUCAAUCUUUUCGCCGCAACAUUGAACUCGUGCGUCACAACAUUUACAGGUGUCCUGCGCGAGCCAAGAACGCUAAAAAGUCCAGGAAAUGGUAGCAUUUACACGUUGAUUAUUAAAUUUUGGUAGCAGCUGAUUAAUUUUGGCAGUAAUUAUUAUUCCGUAGUCAACUGAUGAAGUUUUCCAUAGCCAUGUAAUUAAUUGUAUAGUUUUCUAAGCAAUGGUUGAAUAAUGUUAAAGGCAAUAUUCUCAAUGCAAGACCGAGGUUCUCUGUCUGGGACCAAGAGUUAUCAUAUAUUCUAGCGGUCAUUACGACGUAACUUUUACUGCUAAACUAUUUUCUUGAAAUGGUAAGGCGGUCGGUGGAGUUGAGGGUUAACUCGAAAAUUUGUUCAAGAAAAACUUAUUUCUUUUUACAACACUUCUCUUUAA